CACAGAAUUAUUCCGUGGCUAAAAGUGAGCUUCAGCAUUCGUUUUUUUCCGGAUUUUUUCGCUCUCACCUGCCUGUGAGACCGAGCGGCUGUGAAGCCGAGCUCCUGUGCGUGCUCGGUGUUUUUCGGUCCGACCCCUGGAGGAGGAGAUUUGUAAGCGCCUGUUCAGGCUGGCAGCUCAGCGGCUCAGAGUGAUUCCAGAGCGCAGAGUAAUUUUGAGCGUUUCCGCUCGAUUUUUUUACAACUCCGUCCUCAGACUCGGAGUCUGUUUUCUUCGUUUAACUCUCACAGGAGUCCCAUCGAUCCUUCUACAACCUUUACUUCACCAAGUUGGAUUCAUACGGCCGAGAACCUCGCUGGAGGAGCGGAGUUCCUGUCAGCUGAAGAGAAAUGUGCUGGAAUUAAGUUGCUGUAGUGACACAUACCAUCAGAAAAAAAGCGUGUGGGUGGGGAAAAGAAACAGGAAUCAAGAAAGAAGACAAGACUUUAAUAGAGCUUGAGAAAGUGAGAGAUGGACUGGAAGACGUUCCAGGCCCUGCUCAGCGGGGUGAACAAAUACUCCACGGCGUUUGGGCGGAUCUGGCUCUCCGUGGUCUUCGUGUUCCGGGUGAUGGUGUAUGUGGUGGCGGCAGAACGCGUGUGGGGUGACGAACAGAAGGACUUUGACUGCAACACGAAGCAGCCAGGCUGCUCCAAUGUCUGCUACGACCACUUCUUUCCCAUCUCGCACAUCCGCCUGUGGGCGCUGCAGCUCAUCUUCGUCACGUGUCCCUCGCUGCUGGUGGUCAUGCACGUUAAGUACAGGGAAGACCGUGAGCGGAAGUACCGUCAAAAACACGGCACGGAUGCCAAACUCUACGACAACACGGGCAAGAAGCACGGUGGCCUGUGGUGGACCUACCUGCUCAGCCUCUUUGCCAAGACAGGCAUUGAGGUGGCCUUCCUCUACAUCCUCCACCACAUCUACAACAGCUUCGACCUGCCCCGGCUGGUCAAGUGUCAGGUCACGCCUUGUCCCAAUGUGGUGGACUGCUACAUCGGCAGGCCCAUGGAGAAGAAGGUCUUCACCUACUUCAUGGUUGGCGCCUCGGCCAUCUGCAUCGUGCUCAGCAUCUGCGAGAUCCUCUAUCUGAUCUCUAAACGGAUCUCCAGGUGUGCCAAAAAGAUGAAGAGCCAUCGUGAGCACAGCAUGAGUCUUUACCACUCUCAGUACCGGGACCAAGACAGCAACUGCACCCUGCCCAUGCACGAACUGAACCACAAGCCGGAGUACAAUGCCAAGCUGAAGGCCGAGCUCCAUCCAAUGUCCAACAAGCCAAGCGUUGGCAUGAGGGCUUCUGCUCCCAACCUUUCCUUUGCUUAGGAGGGGUAUAAACUCAGCUUUAGACUGAGAAGAACUGAGAUGGAGGGCUCCAAGCUGAGCGUUUAAAACAAGCUAAAGAUUUACCGGGCAGAACCACAGAUGUUUAGCUUGAUCUUUAGCACUCAUACUCUUAUAACAGAGGGCCAGGGCAAAACACGGUUUACUGUUGUCUCUGUUCUAUUACACCUGAUCCACCUCCAGAGUGAGAUGUCUUGUAAGCACACAGAUAAACCAAAGAAAUUUAGGUAUUUCCUAAAAGCUGCCAAAAGACAAUGGGUUUCCGUCAACUACUGUUACGUCAAACUAUUAAAGUAAUCAGGACAUUUGAAUGUUCGUCUUGGGUUGAAUACUCUUUGGCAAGAAGCAAGGCUGCCUCUGGUGGUCGUAGCUGCUCAGCAUCCUCGCCAAGACUACAACCCUGUGCCCUACAAGUCGUUUGCAUGAGGGCUUCUACUCCUAGCCAGAACUUGCUGGACUGAGACGAAGGGCUCCAAGCAUUUAAAGCAGGACAUUUACGAGUUUGAGCCAUGCACCUGAAUCAGGGUCUACUAAGCCUCCAAAGAGACAUUUAUAUAUAAAUUUAUAUAUAAAUACAUUUUUUUUCUCUCCCCAUAAAAACAUCUACCUUUUUUCAAUAAAAAGGUAGAGAUGCUGUUGCCAGAGUUGGUCCUGGUUUCCAGGAACUAGUGAACUUUUUCAAGAAUGGUUUCACUGGCUUAAGAGCUGAACGGUUAUAUUACGAGAUGUUUCUACAUGCUACAUUACAACGUUGGUAACAUCUAAUGAAUGCUAAGGUUGUAAAGUGUUGAUUUUGUCCACUGAUUAUUCCCGUUUUCACCCUGUAUUACUAUUUUUUUCCCCAGGCAACAUGAAAUAUAGUGGUUCUGUCUAUAAGUGGUUCACCUUGUGAUGGCAUGAUCCCCUUUAAUCACUGUUUUUGAUCUCAGCUGUUUUUUGGGGUGGUUAUUAGCAGUGCUAACUUCCAUUAUGUGUUAGAAAUGCUAGCGUUUAGGAUGUAGCAGCAUACCCUGCACUUCCUUCAAGGACAGCAUGGAUCUCCGAAAUUGUGUCAUCACUCUGCAGUUGGUCUCAUAUUGGGAGGUCUGCAUCUAAGUAGAUUUUCUCUGUGUGAUAAAUGAAAGCCUUUUUCAGAAGUCACCAUAGUUGGCAGAUAUUCCAAACCUGAUAUGUACAUUAUGUGGCCUAAUGUCAGAGUUUCCCUGGAAUUACAAGGUUAAGGAGUCAAAAUACGAGCUAACAUCACAGUGCGCUGAAGUGACUUCAUAAGACUGGAAACCUCACCAGAAAACUUUAUAAAAGCCAGCAGUUUUGAUCUAGUGUGGUACUUAAGUUGUUCUAAGCAAUUGGUGUUGAUGUAUAACCAGGUAUAAUAAUAGAAGACUUCCUUUAAUGCGACGUCAUUUCAGUGAGCUGAAGCGUUAGCUUGCCGGUAGCAUUGGUGUAGCAUGUAUGCAUUUCGACUGCUACAGAGCUCUGUAGUUCAGAGUACUCAGUGACAUUCUGAGGUAAAUUUUUAUACACAAAAUAAAAAAAAAACGUCAAAUUCUGAACAUUCCUGUUCACCACGGCCAUUUUUCGAAAAACACUUUAUUUUUAGCAUUGAGAAAAACAGCUUAGCCCCAGAGUUCCUCAUACAGCAUGAUGCCGACUACAGAUUAACACACGGCUUCGGAGGUACACAGUCCUUAAAGGAAGAGGGAGAUGGAAUACUGCUCCAUGCUAAAUGCUCGCUUUUGUAACGAGUAAUGAAAGUCACCACCACCAGUUAGCAUUUGCUAACUUUCUUUAACGUUGUUAGCGUGAGCACUGGUGCCUUAAUUGUCUGUGGAAAAGAUUCAAGUGUGUUGGCCCUUUUCUUACAGCCUUUCCCACAGAAACACUUCACUGUCCCUCAAAAGCAGCCACUGCCAUGCCUUCAUUUUUAACUGUGAUCAGACUGUUAAAACCCAUGAAUGUUAACUUAGCACCCUCUCUAACAUUCCUUUGUUUGGGAGCGGCUGAAAAACGUUGAGCAUUAGCACGUCAGUGGCUGAGAGCCGCACCUCGCAACUUGCAUAAUCAGUUCACCCGAGACAGAAGGAGAGAUAGAAUAAAAGGAAGAUGGAGACAGAGGGAGAAACAAUGGGAAAGAGUGAGAGAGUACUGAGUCAUGGAAACUAGUCUAAUGAGCUUUCAUGAAGAUCCAUGCUAAUAUGUACAGUACCAGUCAAAGCUUGGAUGCUCCUCACUGAAUGUGUGUUUUUCAGAAUCUUAAAGGUAGUUUGGUCUGAAAGCUUCAUUUUCCAAGGCAAAUAAAAUGAAUAUAUCGCUGU